AUGGCGGAACCCAAGAUCGAGGAGGUUGAUGUCGACUUUACUCUCUGCACUGACAUCGCCUUCAAACAACUCAAGAACUCUGUCGAGCUCACUCUCAGUGACCGAUUGCCUGACGAGAUUGCCGCCAACGGCAGCAUUUUUGUCGUCUCCAACACAUACGGAUAUUUUAUCGCCGGACAGAAUGAGGGAUUUCUUAUUGAUAAGCUGUCAUCUCUGAGAUCGGCCUUUGAGAAUGGCGAAGUGAGCGCCUCCAACGACUACAACGAGGCAGCCAGAGUAGAAAUCUCAGGAGAAACUAUCAGUCAUAUCAGACUUUCGGCAGAUGAACUGACGGUCAUCGUUGGAUUGAGAGGUGGCCUGAUUCAUUUGUACAGCGUCACCAAGCUUCUCGCCAAGGCCAAAGGAGCCAAGCCCGUCGCCCUUCUGGAUCUUGGCAGCGAGAUUCUGGACAUCCGCCCUAAUCCAGCAAUAGACCAAAACAGACUGAUUGCAGUAUUGCUUGACAACAGGACCAUCAGGAUGAUAAAUAUGGAGGACGGCUCUACUACUGUAAUACUCGACAAGCACAAGUACACGGCAAUGGCAUGGUCAAGCAAAGGAAAGCAGAUCAUGUGCGGAACCGAGAAUGGACUUACUACUAUUGCGUGGCUCGAAACAGCAGUGUUCAUUGUCGUCUACACCGAACAGCCAGAGGACGAUGGCACACCCUCCUUCAUAUCCGACUUUUGUGUGAUCUCGAAAGUGGACAAGACAAAACCAACAAAGUUUACCAGAUACAGAGAACUUUGCUACCCGAUGCCCAACGAUAUCUGCGGAGUCAACUACUACGUAUCCUCCUCGUUGAAAAAUCUGAGCAAGAACUACAAGGAGUUCAUGGUGGCGGGAUAUUCAGCCUCGACAGAUAUUGCAACUAUUGCGAGAGGUCAAGAUGGCGAAUGGAUGUUACUCGAUUUACCAGAGGUUGAUAGACCUAUGGUUACCGGCUCGGAUCCGUGCAUGUUGGGAAUGGCAAUUGAUUUGACUGCGACCAAGCCCUUGGAACCUCUCGAAGAAGAGGGACCUGAGGUGCCCGCUGCCCCAAUUUUAUACGUCUACAACAACCAUGGCCAGCUUUCAGCAUACAACAUAUUGGAGCUCCCUAUUGCCAAGCAGGGUCUCCCUAAUGGAGCGAUGGUGCAGCCAAAGGCUCUUCCACAAACAUCCUCGUCAACCAAGGCGACACCGGCUGCCAAGGCAAACCCAGUACCCAAGACAGCGCCAAAGGCGGCUUCGGCAACGCCUUCAGUGGCAAGAGUCGCUGCACCGACGCCCAAGGUUUCGUUUGGCGCACCAGCGUCUGCAUUCGGCUCGUCACCUUCGUCCCCAAGUGCAACGUUCAGAUCUUUCGCUCCCAACCCCGUUGUCAACCCCAACCCAGCCUUCCAACAAAAUACAGCUGCUCCCCCAAAGCCACUCGGCACUAUGCAGAAGAUUCUUCAAGAGAACGACCCACCACUUCGAAUCGUCCGCAAGAAGAGUGUUGCAGACGCACCCUCUGCUCCUGCGCCCAAAGUGAGCCCCGCUAUGGAUGCACUAUCAAGGCAGCUCGAGAACACCUACCUUGCGAUGACAGAGGAGCUCAAAACAUUGCAUAGCCACGUCAGGGACACCGAGGAGCUCGUCAAGGCUCGAGAGCAUGUAUUUGGAGAGCUGGAUCAGUUCAUGUUGGUCACCGAAAAGCGCAUCAAGGCUGCAGAAAAAACAAAGGUCCUGGCAGAGAGUGUCUCGAAGGACUUUGCCAGCCUUCAGACGGAUCUCGUCAAAGAGGAGAUUGGGAAACUGCUCAAAGCUCGGGAAGAUCCUAGUUUGCUGGAGAAGGUAUUGACAAGCGAGCUGAAUCCUGUUCAAGCUGCGAUGCAAGACCAAAUGACACGGACUAUUGAGACGAUCGACAGUCGCCUUCGUGACUUGGAGAAACAUGUGGAGGAUAUGAACACCGAGGCAAACAAACUCCGUCAGGGUCAAUACACCGAGUACCAUAAACUGGACUCUAUCCGUCGCACCAUCCGUCACAUUAGCACUGUUCUCAUUUCUCGACAGAGUGAUUUGGACCAGCUCUCAAAUGAUCUCGACAACCUCGCCAUCACAGAGCCCAUCAGCCCUCGGCAUGGCUCGACUUCGAAUGUUUCUGCUAAGGGAUCCGUGACGACACAGAACAAGGACGCUUUCCACCUGAAAUCCUUCUCAUCUAUCUCUGGAAAUCGAUCUACAGAGCAGUCCAAGGCCGCCUUGGCUCGUGAGCUGCGGCGCGUAUUCGCUGCGGACUCUAAAUCCACGGCCAUUUUGAAUGCGCCCAGCUCAACUGCUGCAGGUACUCCCCUUUCUGUGUUGCCAAAGUUGAAGGAGGUAGAGUUCGUCCCUGUCUUUGAGCCACGUCGAUCCGAAAGGAAGAAGCGCCUCGCAGCCACAGUUACUCCACAGCCAGAGGUUCCAGCGACAGCAACUCCUCCACCAUCCGUGCCAGCGUCUGUGCCAGCUUCUGCCACCCCUGUCCAAUCGUUUGGCCAGUCUGGACCUGCAUUGGGAUCACCGACUGCGUCAGCAACCGCCACUGUGGUCUCGACCCUCUCACCAGCGUUUGGGUUCAAAGCAGCCAGCAGUCCUGUUCCUGCGCCAGCUUUCGGAAUCCCUCAAACAUCGUCCCCGUUCGGCUCCACUCCUAUGCCUGCAAAGGCAGCCCCCGGAUUUGACACUCCUUCCUUGCCUAACUUUGGCGCUACACCACCCGCUGCAGCACCCAUGUCCUUCGGAGCUCCAAAGACUCCUACGUUUCCCGGAUUUCAAGUACCCAAGUCUGGGUCAAGCGCUGCUCCCGCGUUCCCCGGGUUCAUUCCUAAGUCCGAACUAAGUGCCGCACCGGUCUUUUCUUCAGCCCCAUCUUUCUCAGCUGCUCCCACAAGUCAGCCAGCAUGGAGCCUUGGCAAGACAAGCACAUCACUUCAAUCUACUGGAUUCGCAGGAUUUCAAGCGCCUUCUUCUGUGGGCACAGCUGCCAAGGUGACCCCAGCUCCAGCUUCUAGCUUUGCCGGACCUGUUCAGCAGGAGGAAGAGGAGGAGGAAUAUGAAGGUGAAGAGGAGCAGGAUGAGCCUCAGGAAGACGACGAGGGAGAGUACGAGGAUGAAGAAGACCGUCAUUACAAUCAAGCACGUUACGAGCACGAUGGACAGGUUUAUGAUCUUGAGGACGAUGGUUCUGAACCCGAGACGUGGGGAUCGGACACCGACCAGCGCGAUUUCGACCAGGGUGAGGAGGAUGAAGAGAACGAAGAAGAGGAAGGUCCGUACGAAGAAGAGGAUGGCGAUGAGAGUGAAGGUGAAGCUACACCCGCGCCAGUGUCGUCUGAAAAGAAGGACCCCACCGCCAAGAGUGCUUGGACAGCUCCAGGUUUCUCCUUCCCAGCCACGGCCCCUGCCACAUCUGCCCCAGCCGCGGACUCUUCCAAGCCCGCCUUCUCAUUCUUCACUGCUGCCGCCAAACAACCCAAGGAUUCUGAGGUGAAGGCUGCCCAUGUGGCGCAGUCACCAUUUGGUACCACAGGCGCCAAUACAUUUGGAUCCACGACGACGUUUGCUUUUGGCGCCCCACAGGCUGCUGCAUCUACACCUGCCCCCGUUUCAGCCUUCGGACAGAAGCAUUCGGCACCAUCUACAGCAGUUCCCAAAUCGACGCCAACUGCAAGGGAGCCAGUGAAGACUCAGGAGAGCGAUGACGAAGAGGAGGACCUGCCAGAUGAGGAACAGGAGGACUCGGACGUAGAGGGUGAGCAGGAUGACGAGCAGGAGGAGUUGGGAAGCGAAGCUGAAGAGGAUGGCGACUUUGAUGAGGAUGGAAGUGAAGUCGAGGAAGAGGAGGAUGCUGAGGACGAUAGCGACAAGGAGUCGGCCCUGACUGCUGUUCAGAGGGAAGGCUCAUUUGCUCCGUCUACGGCAUCUGGUGCCAAGUCUUCGAACUUGGAGUCUUCUGGUCUUGACUUUUCCAAGGCUGGCUUUGGUGGGUCUGUACAGAAGGGAGGCGACACUGCCUCGCCUUUUGCCAAGACCGCCUCAUCAGCAUCCAGCCAGCCCCUCUUUGGCGCAACACCCGCGUUCGGUUCCGCUUCAGAUGCCAAGGCCACACCUGAAAAGAGUCUCGACAUGCCAUUCGUGAAGUUGCCUCGCACAAGGAAGGCGUCCCGUGAUUCAUUGGACUCGAACACGACUGAUGAUGAGGAUCAGGCUGUGCCCGACAGUGAACCUUCUUCGCCCGUCCUGGGUUUCGGAAAGACCUCCAAGGGAACCUCAGGAGGUCUGGACUCUUUCAACCUGUCGUUGGGCAGCGAGCAGGCUAAGACUGACAAGAAGCCAGCUGCGGCUUGGGGCGAGAGCUCCUUUUCGUCUUGGGGAUCUGCCAGUCAAACGUCUGUAGCUCCUCCAACAGGGGCUUGGGGCUCUAGCAGUCUCCAUGGAUCAAGUCAGCCUGCUUCAUCGGCAUCUCCCUUUGCUGCAGUCUCUACCUCUGGCCCUGGUGCCUCGGCCUCGCCGUUUGCAGCUGCAGCUGCAGCUCCUUCGGCGUUGACAUCGACUCCUGCUUCGUCGGCCACUACCACCACCUCUGCCUGGGGCACAGGCGGAGGCUUUGGUCAGACAUCCACUUUGGGAAGUGGGUUCGGAGGCAACACGACAGGAUUCGGUCAGACCUCGCAGGCACCCGCGACCACUGUCUCAGGGUUCGGUCAGGCAUCUCAACCCGGAUCUACAACUGGCUUUGGGCAGGGCUCAACGCUUGGAGCAGGCACAGGAUUUGGACAGACAUCAACCGCUGGAUCGGGCUUCGGACAAACUUCUACUCAUGGAGCUGGUAGUGCUUUCGGACAAGCCUCAACGCUCGGUGCAGGUACAGGAUUCGGACAGGCCUCAACGCUUGGAGCCGGCACUGGAUUCGGACAGACCUCCCAACUCGGCAGUGGCUCUGCUUUCGGCCAAGCCUCUCAAGUGGGUGGUGGUACGGCAUUCGGUCAAAAAUCGCAGAUGGGAGGCGGUUUCGGUCAGACGGCGUUUGGUCAGCCUUCUCAGAUCGCUGCUGGAGCGUUCGGCACACCUGCAGCUUCAGGAAUCGCAUCCGCUUCGACUCAGUCCAACUUUGGAUCGUUUGCUAGCUCUGGUACGAACGCAUUUGCUGCUGCUUCUCAAUCAAAGGUGAACGCGCUUGAUCAGCAGGCAGGAGGAAGCGUUUUUGGAUCUGGUGGUGGAUUUGGUGACAGUAGCACCUCUACAUUCGGAUCUGGAGGUGGAGGAGGAGGAUUCGGCGGCGGCAACACUGGUUUUGGAGACGCAAGCACUGGAUUCGGAGGAUCCACAAACAAUGCUUUUGGAGGAGCCAACAAUGCAUUUGGGGGAGCCAGCAAUAACACUGGCGGGUUCAACUCGUUUGGUGGGGCUGCCACAGGAGGUGGAGGAGGAUUCGGAGCAUCGACUGGCCAGUCUGCUUUUGGCGCUGCGGCUGGACAAGGCGGCAGCGUCUUUGGACAAGGUCAGGCCAACACUGGCUUUGGUUCCAAUCAGACCAACACCGGUUUUGGCACUAGCCAGGCCAACAUCAACCCCAACAAGCCCGCGUUCUCCAGCUUCCGCUAA